AUGACUGAUGAAGGCCUGCUAGAUACGCUAAGACAGGCAAGUAGAACAUCUUUUGUGUUGCCUUUUGCGUUUUUUGUGUUUGCAGAACAAGAAGCGCUCAAAGCUCCCUUGGAGGACACUGGACCAAGAGUUGAGAAAUUUCUGAGCAGCAAGCCAACAAAGGCUGCACUUCUGGCUGCGGUGACUCGACAAGUGGACUUCAACUUGGGGCCCACAAGUGAAAUACCUAUGCAGAGCUGCGGCGCGAACUCUAUGGCUCGGAUUUACAGCCCCGAUGAGGUGGUGCGCCGCCUGAAGCUGACCAAACCCCCUUGCCUUGGCCCGGUAGAAGACACCAUAAGGGAGUUCAACAUGUUUGUGACAGAAAACGGAGAAGCAAUGGAAAAAGUGCGAGAAAAUAUCAAGCCAAGGCCGCACAAAGCCUUUAGACUUGCCUAUAUUCAGUGGAAUGCGCUAAUGGUGAAGCCCAACACGCUGGAGCUGCUGGCUGCUUUUCUGAACGAAGCUCAGGGCUUCCAGGCAGACGAGGUGGACGGGGUGACGAUUCUGCUUCAGGAAAACAUGAAGUUAGAUUCGCGCAGGGAGCAGCAGAUGCUGACCAACAUUCAGUUUGUCUUGAACCUCCUAAGUACAGACCCCAAUUGGGGCACGCCGAGCCUGGCUUACUUGGGCAACCUGAUAGGAACGCAGGCCCAAGCUUUGCUCACACCCAACACCCAAACCAUCAUUCAUGUUAUGCGUGAGACGCACACGCCCGUGACAGUCUGCAAAGCGGAGCAAGCAAUUCGCAAGAGAGAAAAAGGAUUCGUGGGAGCUGUCUUUGAAGUUCCCCAGAUGGGCAGACUGGCCGUCAUGGGGGGCCACCUUAAGGGCUGGAGUGCGGAGCAGUUUGAGAACGUCUUUCCCGAGCUCAUCAAGUUCUGCGGCAGCAGGCAACUAGGCAAGGCUUUCAGUCCUUAA